GUCAGAUUUCUUCUUCUUUCUGUUUGGAUUGGAUCAGACUGAACGGCAAGAUCUGACCUGCCAAUGUCCAAUGAAAGACACUGAUGUGCUCAAUCGCCAAGAAGCCUCCAGAUGUGACCAAGUCUCGCAAAGUCAAGACGGAACAUUUACUCCGAGUAGAUGAUCACGACUUCACCAUGAGGCCCGGGUUUGGAGGCCCUGCGAUCCCGGUGGGCGUGGACGUGCAGGUGGAGAGUUUGGACAGCAUCUCAGAAGUCGACAUGGAUUUCACGAUGACGCUGUACCUGAGACACUACUGGAAGGACGAGCGUCUGACCUUCACCAGCUCCAUCAACAAAAGCAUGACCUUCGACGGACGACUGGUCAAAAAGAUCUGGGUCCCUGACGUCUUCUUCGUCCACUCCAAAAGGUCCUUCAUCCACGACACCACCACGGACAACAUCAUGCUCCGAGUGUUUCCCGACGGACACGUGCUCUACAGUCUGAGGGUGACAGUGACCGCCGCCUGUAACAUGGACUUCAGCCGCUUCCCUCUGGACUCUCAGACCUGCUCCCUGGAACUGGAGAGCUAUGCGUACACAGACGAGGACCUGAUGUUGUACUGGAAAAGCGGCGACGAGUCUCUGAGCACAGACGACAGGAUCUCACUGUCACAGUUUCUCAUUCAGAAGUUCCACACCACGUCCAGACUGGCCUUUUACAGCAGCACAGGCUGGUACAAUCGUCUGUACAUAAACUUCACUCUGCGGCGCCACAUCUUCUUCUUCCUGCUGCAGACGUACUUUCCCGCCACGCUCAUGGUCAUGCUGUCCUGGGUGUCCUUUUGGAUCGACCGCCGCGCCGUGCCGGCCCGCGUCUCCCUGGGCAUCACCACUGUUCUAACCAUGUCCACCAUCAUCACCGGAGUCAACGCCUCCAUGCCCCGAGUGUCCUAUAUCAAAGCCGUGGACAUCUACCUGUGGGUCAGCUUCGUUUUCGUCUUUCUGUCCGUCUUGGAGUACGCCGCGGUCAAUUACCUCUCCACCGUGCAGGACAGGAGGGAGAGAAAGAUGAGAGAAAGGGCUCGGUCGCAGUCUUUACCGUGCACCUGCGGCAUCUCCCAGACCAGGACCAUGACCAUGCUGGACGGGACCUACAGCGAGGCCGACACCAACAGCCUGGCGGGCUACACGGAGGAACCGAUGAGCCCCGACAUGGAGCAGGAGGAAAUGCACGAGGUCCCGGAGAAACCAGAACACAUGGUGGUGCAUCUGUCUGUGAGCAGCGAAUCCACCAACACCAAGAAGAAGAAAAGCAUGAGAGCGCUCAACAUCAUCCAAAACACUCACGCCAUCGACAAAUACUCAAGGAUGAUUUUCCCCGGGUCCUACAUCUUUUUCAAUCUUAUUUAUUGGUCUGUUUACUGCUGAAAAGACUCAAACGGGACGAUGGGACGAUGGGACGAUGGGACGGACACCAGUGGACAGCGAUCAAAGCUGCCGGACAUUAUGGUGUAGCAGACGGUUUAUUUUUCCAGCGACUUGAAUGUGCUUCUGCUGUUCGUACAUUCGUCGAUCUCUUUCUCAGCUCUCGGUCGCCUGAUAUUUCUGCUCUUUCUACUUCAUCACCUCCUCACGGCUAAAGGCGACGCGCGCCAUCUGACCAUCUGUGACAAACGUGUGCGAUUUUUAUUUAUGUGUGAGAAUCAGCUCAAGCUUUCAACGAAGAUAACUUAUUUAUAUUCUUACAAUCAAAGGUUUAUGAAAAUGUAUUAUUAUUUAUGUUGACAACACAAGUCUGUAAAUGCUAGCAUGCUAACAUGCUCACGGUAUAUCUAGUAUGUGUACGUUCACCAUUUUUAUAUUUUUGUCACCAUCACUUGAACUUUUAGAAUAUACAUACACAUUUUAUUUAUUUAUUUAUGGAUCAUUCUGUUUUGGGAGUAGCUCUAGUAGAAUAAAGUGUUUUACAUUUAGAUAAUCUUCAUGUCACGUCACUUCCCUCUGAUUGGUCGGGAGCAUAGACUGUAUAAACAAAUGGACGUAGCUAACCCGCUAGCCGUCAUGUGCGCGCUUCCAGCUCCAUAGACUCACUUUACGUCACUUUACAUUAAAAAACUGUUGCGUUUCUUUCUGUAUCUGCUGCUGUCAGACUCGUCGUUUUGUUUUUCGUUCGUAUUAACCCUCUACAUGAUUCUGCCGUUUUCAUUUCGCCGUCGUGUCGUAACUCAGGAUAUGAACAUCAACAAGAGACGAUUCAGACGCCUUCUUCCCCUGAGGUCGCUCCCGUUAGCGUUAGCAACAGGUUUGAUUGACAGCGUUCAAGCACCCUAAGUGCCCGCCCCCUGACACACCCCCGGCUUCCACAGCUGCGCUCCUGAUUGGCUCUUUGGUUGCUAUGAUACGAGCUCCGUCACACUCACUUCGUCCACUUCUUUAUACAGUCUAUGGUCAGGAGUGAAUGGUGUCAACAUUAAACACAUUAUGAAACUAAACUCCCGUUAAACUCCCGUUAAACUCCCGUUAAACUCCCGUUAAACUCCCGUUAAACUCCCGUUAAACUCCCGUUAAACUCCCGUUAAACUCCCGUUAAACUCCCGUUAAACUCCCGUUAAACUCCCGUUAAACUCCCGUUAAACUCCCGUUAAACUCUUCCUUUGGGCCUUUAGUGCUGAAGUUUCCUGAGCUGCUCUAAGCAAAAAUCAACGUGGAAACACAUUUUCGCAUUUUUACAUCCGCCCUCGACAUAACCGUCCUUCUCCCUGCAACGUUAUUCUGCCUGAUGACAUCAUCAACAUGAGACAGGCCUUUAAGUGUUCGCAUUCCAGGCAGCUUACUGAAACACAAUCAUUACAGCGUUGUGGCUUUGGGCUUUAUAGACCUUUUGCAGAACUUUUAUAUGAACAAAAGCGACUAAAUGCACUAAACCCAGAGUGACGGAGGGUUCAGAGGGAUGUUACACACUACAGUAACGUUUAUG